GUGCAAUAUUUUGUGUGCUACUACCGUCUCUCUUUCUCUCUCUCUCUCUCUCUCCUCGCUUCCUUGAUGGUCGCUUUUCCACUUUGAGAUGACCAUGUCAUCAGCCCCUAGAUCACUAUCCUCCGUCGUGAUUGACCUCACCUCACAGACAAUCUACAAUGGUUAAGUUCAAAGGUCGCAGCGAGUCUAUCUUCGUUGUUACCGUGGUUUUUCUUGGACUUUCCUUCAUUUCCGUCUGCUUACGAUGUUUCGUGAGACUACGACUGGUGCGCGCAUUCGGAUGGGACGAUGCAUUGAUGGUUCUAGCUAUGGCGCUGCAGAUAUUAUUUGCCUUGUGUGGUAUCACCGGGUCAGUUUAUGGCAUGGGCCAAAAACUCGAGUGGCUUGACCAAGACACGCUAGAAACCGCCUUGUUCUGGUGGUGGUUAGGUCAAACAAGCUAUGUUGUGACAGUAGUCGUUGCCAAGGUCUCUAUCGCAUUGACUCUCUUCCGGCUUACCGUCUCACGAAUACACAAGAUGCUUUUGUGGUUUGUCAUUGCCAUCUCGAUUGUCGUGGGCCUGGUAUUCUGGUUCAUGUUAACUCUGGAAUGCCAACCGGUUUCAUACUUUUGGCAACGUUUUCAUUCCACUGGUACCUGCAUCUCUAUUGAGUACCUCAUCGAUGUCGCCUACCUGUACAGUGUAACAGCCAUGGUCUGUGACUUGAUUUUGGGGUUAUUACCUGCCUUUUUAGUCUGGAACUUGCAAAUGAGUAAUAGAACCAAGGCUGCGCUAGCAGGGAUCUUGAGCAUGGGUUGCGUAGCCAGUGCAGCUGUGAUUGUACGCAUACCUUUCCUGCCUACUUACAACGAUAAGGAGUUCCUCUACGCUACAGCGCAGAUCUCGAUCUGGUCUAAUGUCGAGGCUGGCCUUGGCAUCACGGCAGGGUGUCUUGUAACCCUGCGUCCUCUCUUUCGCUGGCUUGGUGACGCCAGCUAUGGCGCCACGCGUAGCAAGAGAACAGGUGGUAGCAUACCACUCUCGAGCUCGAUCGGCCAUGCAGCUCACGCCUCACAGAGCAAUGCGACGAAGUACUGGCGGCCGGAUCUCGAUCCGGAAGAUUCUCAGGGCGUGGUCACGACUAUACAAACAUCGGCUGGGAGCCCGCACAGUAGUCAGGAGGACCUCAACCCGAAGCCUAAACGCAUGAAUGGGGUUAAUAUACACAAGUCUUUUGUCGUGACCUCAGACAUUGUAUAAGAGCUCUACUGCUAUUGGUGGCUUACUUACGAUAUAUUUAUUUGGUUUAUGAUGUUUCUGUGUGUCUGCACGACCUUAUAUGUACGUAGUAGGUAUACCUUCUCGGAUAAGUAGCCCA